UCGAGCGACACACUUCUUGUAGAAACGUCCGAUUUCUCUUUUUGGAAGUCUGAAACGACAAAUAUUGUAGUCUGAAAGCAUGGAAUGACCUGGCUUUAUUACUGGCGAAAAAUUAGACGAAAAAGUUCGAGUGCCUUCGAUUGAAAUGUCUUCGACCUGACGACGUAUUCCAGUUGACUGUAGCAACGAAAGAAUUUUGCCUCUAAAAUAAUUCUAAUUUGGAUCUUAUUGCAAUCCAUCAAGUCAUUAAGAUCGCAGCUGAUAUCUCUCGAAUCGUCCGUAAAUGGCUCGCUAUCAUCGCGCAGAAAAAUGGCGAGCUGGGUUGGUUUGCUGUUUGCUUUUGUCACUUGCGAAACAAGCUCAAACUUUACCGAACCCCGGCGGUCAAACCUUUCUAGGAUUUAACUACUGGAACAGUCGUUAUUCCUUGGACUAUACGGAUUGGGAUGGUUUCUGGAAUAGUAACUUUGGCGGAAGGAAUAUGUACAAUCGUGACACGGGAGGGAGCUCUUGUGUAGGUUGUACCUGCAGCAACCAAGAAGCCACUUGCACUGGUUCGACCGUAAACAUCAGGUACUAUGGAGUACAAAAAUUAAAUCCUGAAAACCUAGUUGUUGGCACUACAGAAAUUACAAUUUUUGAGUCUGGCUUGAAGUAUGUAAAUGCCACAGCUUUCCACAAUCUGACAGGCCUAAAAAAGCUAAAUUUGGCACAGAAUGAACUAACUGACUUUCCAGACAUAUCCAAGAAUUCUCUCCUGGAAGAACUCAACAACCAAAUCUCUGCUAUAUCAACUGGGGCAUUCUCCAACUUGAUUCACCUUAAAGUUCUUGAGUUACAUGUGAAUCACCUGGAAACCAUUGCAACUAAGGUGUUCUAUCAAAUACCAGAGCUGCUACAUCUUGAUCUUAGAGGGAACAGACUCAAAACUAUUACAGCUGAAGGCUACAGCAGUCCAUUUGAUAGUCUUCCAAAACUAAAAGUGUUAAUUUUAAUGCAACAGCAAAGUUCCUACCAAACAGAACGUGUUAUGUUUAAUGCCUUCAAGGACCUCCCUGCUCUGGAAGAUCUCUUUGUCGCAAACAUCACAACCACUACCAUCCCUUAUAUAUUUGCAUCUGGAAAACAAUAACAUCAACUCAUUGUCAAGUUUUUCUAGUACAGAUUUUUCACCAUUUCUUGAAGACUUACAUG